AUGGAUGGGUCUCAGGGUCAAGGUGGUCAGCCAAUGGCUGCACCACAGCAGCCACAGCAGCCGCAACAUUCAAACCUCAUCCGAACCGAUCAAGUACAGAAGCUGCCACACCUUUCCGAUCAGCAGAAGGCCCAGCAUACCCAGUUGGUCCGCAGCCUCUGGGAGAUGCUGAACACACGCGACCCGCAGACCCAUGAAUAUCAACAGGCGCAUACAAAGCUUUCUCAGCUGUCCCAAAAUCUGAUGAAGGGGAUGCGCAUUUUCCAGCAGAAUCGCCAGCAAGCGAUGCAACAGCAUCAGCAGACCCAGGGCGCGGUCGGUGUGCAGCAGGGUCAGAUCCCACCAGGACAACAAGUUCAACAACCCCAACAAGGGCAGGCAGCGCCACAGGGGACACAAGGGACACAGGGGCAACCAGUCCAGCGAACACAGUCCAACAACCCCCAAGCAAUCAACCAGCUCAUUCCACAAAUCCAGGCGCGUGUGAGUGCCUUGAACUUUUUCCUGCCGCCGAACGUCACCCCGGAGCAGGUUCAGACGUGGAUUCCAGAGGCACGGCUGCGAUAUGGUAUUGCGCUGCAGAAACAGGAAGUUGGGCGCGCUCGUAUGGCCGAGCUGCGGUCCUCAUAUGCUCAACGGCAAUCAUCGGGUAAUAUGAGCCAGGAGGAAAUGCAGGAAUUCAAAAACCGACAGUUGGCUGCUGAGAAACUGUUCCGUGAGGGCAGUGAAUUCCUAAACAAGUUUAAAGAACAGCAGGAAAGCUUCAAGCUGCAGUCGCAGCAGAAUCCCCAGAACCAGACGAUGAACCAGACGGGACAAACGAACCCACCGGCGAGUAUGAACCAGACUGGAGGAGCGGCACCACCAGCUGCGACACAGACUGUGCCAAACACUCAGACAGGCACGACGAACAUGCAAUCCGGCCAGGCUCCAACCCCAGCUCCCCACACCAUCAACUCUGCUGUCAAUGCAGCACGCAACCAAGCCGGCCAGGCGAUAUCCCCGUCAGCUUCACAACCGGGACAACCGGCUUCUGUUCAAUCUGCGGGAAAUACUCCCGUCCCUAUCAGUGCACCACAGCCCCAGGGCCAACGUCCUCAGGCACCUUCCCAACAAGGAACGCCGGGUACGCAAGUGACUUUCAGUCAAACUCCCAAUCCUGACGGUUCUACACCCACACCCCCAGGACCUCCCCAACAGGUGAACCAAGGCCCACCACGUCCCCUCUCCCACCAAGCUGCGAUCUCACAAGCCGCGCAGACUUACACCAACCCCACUCCCCAGCAGACCACGACCAUCAACCAACAAGCCCAGGUCAACAAUCAAGCCCACCCACAAGGCUAUCUCGCCAACCGCUCUACCGAUACCACAUCACGCAACAUCAACAUGGCCAUUCCCAAGAACCUAAACGUCUCCACCCCCGAACCCGUCUCCAUGCCAGCCUCACGUCCCUCUCUCUCCGGUGGCCCCAGCCACGGUGCAAUGGGUAUGAUGGGCCAACCCGCCAUUCAAAAGCACCCUGGCUACGUCCUCGAGGGCGAAGGCCAACGAGUCCUCAGCAAGAAGAUGCUCGACAUUCUCGUCCGUCAAGUCACCGGUGGCGGCGAGGGCGAAAUGCUCACUCCAGAUUCCGAAGAAUUCAUCCUUCAGAUGGCCGACGACUUUGUCGACGAAGUCAUCACUCAAGCCUGCCGUCUCGCCAAACUCCGCCCCUCCUCGACUCUUGAGCUCCGUGAUCUACAGCUCGUCCUUGAACGUAACUACAACAUGCGUAUCUCUGGCUUCUCCACGGACGAUCUUCGCACCGUCAAGAAACCCCAGCCUACCCAAGGUUGGACUCAGAAGAUGUCCGCCAUCCAGGCUGCGAAGGUUACUCAGGGCCGCUCCGAGUGA